GUAGCGUUUCCUGUGUUUGUAAACUGAGAAAAAUUGGAACUCCGACAAGAAAUAUUAAUCUGCAAAACUCAACUAAAUCUUAAGGCCUUGGCCCCUGAUUAUUUGGGUGAGUGUGGUCUCUUCUCACACCCCUCAUCCUGAGUGACCCCCCUUGACGCACCCCUUUACCCCCAAACACACACACGCAUUCAAACCACGCACCGGCGAUGACACACCAUCCCAACAACUCCGUUCGAGACCACAUGAAAUGGGCUGGAUUGCUGGGCUGUGAGACGGUGCUGUCCAGCAUCGCCCUGAUGCAGGCCAACAACAUGUCCGGCAGUCAGAAGAAGUUGACCUCACAGCACGGCCAGGGUCAGAGAGACAACAACAACCCUGAAAGCCACCAGCACCAGUCUCACGAGGCUCACCACGGCCACCACAACAACCACCAGGCCCACCACAGCCACAUGGUCCUGCCCUCGGGAGUCAGCUGCCCACCCCUGUUAAUCAGAAAAGAUGGACACUCAUUUCACACACCCAGGCUGCUGGAUGAGAAAGAUAUGCAGGCCAGCCAGAAUAUGCAAUUGACAAAGAAGAAGCACAGAAAAUCAGGAACACCCAACAAACUGAGAGAGAAAGUGGAGCAGGUGGAGAUGGAUAUUAACGGUGAUGAUGAUCAUGAUUCACUAGUACAGAAGAACUUCAUUUGUGAGCACUGCUAUGGAGCAUUCCGAAGUAGCUACCACCUGAAGAGGCACAUCCUCACUCAUACAGGAGAGAAGCCGUUUGCAUGUGACGUAUGUGACAUGCGGUUUAUUCAGCGAUAUCAUCUGGACAGACACAAGAGAGUUCACAGUGGAGAGAAGCCCUACCAGUGUGAUCGCUGCAAUCAAAACUUCUCACGGACGGACCGUCUGCUACGUCACCGGCGUCUGUGUGGAGCGAGGACUAGCCUUCCCAAGGAGGAGAACCAGUCAUUCUCCUGCGAGAGCAGAGGAGGAGCCUACUCCCAGGAUGCACCUGGGCACACGGCCACCUGGAGCCCCCUACAGCAGCAGAACAGCCGUCUGGCUGUCUAACCUCUGACCCCUUGGAGAAA